ACCCAUGUUCAGUCAGAAAAGAUAAUCUAUGUAAGUUUAUUUAUGAAAAUUAAUCUGUUGUGGAGAAAAAAAUGCAGGACACAGAUAAAAGAUGGGGGAUUCAGGGCCUGGAAAUCUUUAAUUUGAGAAGGAUUUGAAUGUGGUCAUUGGUAAGUUGAACUUGAAACAGCUGCUAGAAGAGGUAUUGCAUUUCUGGGCUGCAUUAGAAACAGCAUGAAACCUGAGAUCUCCGAAUAAUUAUUCCUUUCUACUUGGCAUUGAUGAAACUACACCUGGAGUUGUAUCUAGUUCUGGGUCCACCUUUCCAGGAGAUGUUGCCUGAUUAAGCAGAGUUCACAAGAAGGAAGUGACAUGUCUUGGUAAAGAUAGGCUGAAGGAACUUGGCAUGUUCAAUCCCAAGGGGAAGUAUAACUUUGUAGAGGAUAGACUAGAUGGAUCUAUUGCCACCUUUUAACGCUACAAUUUUAUGAGAGGUUAAUGAAUCACUUAUAUAGUUCUUUUGCACUGAUGAGUUCCAAUUCAUAACAAUGUCUUUUUGUUUUCCAGAAAGCUUAGUUCUUCCUUAUCAUACCAGUCCAAGUUCUAAUGUAGACCACUCUUUAAAACCAGAAGACGACAUCCUAUUCCAGUGGCGCCUGCGCCGGAAGAUGGAGGAAGCAAGCAAAGCCGCUGCUGCAAUGCCUCCAGAGGUUUGGAGGAAUCCGUGCUUCCAACCAACCUGCGCCUCUGGAAAAAUGGAAAGAGAAGUUCUGAAGUCAGCUGAGCCCACCCCUCGGAGGGACGAAGACCAAAAAGUGUUGUCAACUUCCGAGCCCCACUUAGAUAUUAAAUAUACCCAGAGUCAGUGCCAUCCUUGCUCCUGUGCAGGCAUGCCGAGGACUGGAGUCACUUCUGGGCAGCUUAUUUUAACUAUUCCCUCCGGGAAUGGGAUAGUGGUAACUAGAGGCCCUGAAUGCAGAGAUGAGCCCAUUGUGAAGGAUCCAACCCCACAAAAAGAUCACCUUCCUGAUUACCUGGAAACUUCUCCUUCAAGACCUGCAAAAGCCAAUGAGUCUUUGGGCCAAACAACUUCACGUCAUGUUCAACAGGCAGCUCCAUCUGACCAGGGAAGGCACCUGGAACUCAGCAGCAGACCAGGGCUGUGCAGAGUCAAACAGAGACAAGCAAAACCAAUUCCCGACCCCAGACAGCCAACACGCAGCCCCACAAAGCAUCCAGUUCAACACGUACUAUCAGAGGUAGUUGCCGAAAGGCUUUUCUCCCCACCUGACUCUCCAGCUGUUCCUCAGGACAAACCAAAGAGAAGCUCAAGGACUUUGGGUCCAGAGGAGGCUAUUCCAAAGAACGUUGUCACCCCCUCCCAUCCCCAACUUCUGAACAUGGCUGCUCAACUGCUGGAGCAGGCUGAAGACUCAGAUGGCUUGGAAUUUGAAGACGACCCUCUGUUACAAGUGUUGAGAAGUCAGAGGGAAUCAUUGCGUAGUGAGCUUCGAGCUGUGGAUUUCCAGAUCAUUCAGCUGGAAAGUAACUCCUUUGAUCAGGGCGUCUCUCACCAGUGACCACCUCCUGCGCUCGCUUUGUUGAACCUUGGGUGGUUUAAGGUCCCUCCCUCAAGGCAUUGCUCGAGUCCAGCUUUAUCAGGCACUUCAGGAUGAAUUCAGUCGAAGGGUUUUGAAGGUGCUUUUUUAUUUAUUUUUUUAUUAACCGUAGUGGUUUUCCGAUGUCUGCCUGCCUUUAGCAGGCCAGCCUUUUCCUAGAAGAUAGCUGGGAUUGCAGAAUAGCCAAGCGAUGAUGUGUAGGGAUGCCUCCACUUUAUAUCUGGUGUGCUGUUUCCAUGGUUUCAGUGUAUAUUUUGUGUUGCAUUUAAAAUAAAUGUGUAUUUUUGGAUCAAAACAAAUUGUGAUAAUUUGCAGUGUACACUCUAUCCAGAUACAUCGCGUCUAAUGAAAAGUGGAUCAAUGGAGUCCAAACUCAUCUGUCUUGGAGAAAUGGGAAGGAAUAUUUCCCUGUGCAAAGAACAAAGGGAACCUUUUGGGGAAGGGGGGGAAAAAGAGUAUUUCUUUUGGAACAUAAAAGAAGGCUAAAGAUCUCACCCUCCAACCCAAAUUAAGUUUAGCUUGUUCCUUUUUUUUAUUCCACCUUUUCAGUUGAUAGUCCAAAUAUCAAAAUGUUUCCAAAAAUCCACAAAACCCGUUAAUGACAUCUUUUAGCAAAACAAUUAGAUCUGCUGGGAAACCCAUACGAGAUCAAAAACAGGACCAGCAUUCAAGCUGGAGAAGACAGGAAAAUAAACAGAUGAACAGAGCCUACAAAAGAAAAUAAACACAGGCCAGCUUUAGUCUGAGAAGGAUGUCUCACAGUGAUGGGUCUUUUAGUGAGGGGGUCAUGAUUCUUGCCUGCCUAACUUAUUUAUAUGUAAAGAAAUUGUUAAUUGUCUUGAGCAUUGGGUGGGAAACGAAGUUCCAAAGUGCAGGUUCAAAAUUCUUUUGCAACUACUGAUUUACUGAACAUACCUUACCCAACAGCAUGUAAAUUAACUUCAGUUGCAUUCAAGUGUGAACUGCUUGCAUUGUUUUUCUAGGCCUACUCCUUUUUUAGCUCACCCAACUGUCCUCACACGAUUGUUUUUUAAAAUUGUUUUAU